AUGCUGAUGGCAGAAUGCGAGCGCACACGCAUGAUAGAAGUGCUGUAUGACGCCUUCAUGACCUACCCACCGUAUGUUGGUCUUUGGGGUGCCGCCCGCGAGCCCAACAUGGCCAUCUUCACUGCCACUGUCGACCACGCACUCGAGUAUCAUGAGGCUUGGGUGGCAGAGGAGGGAGAGAAAGUUGUGGGGGUUGUCCUCGUCGCACCUCCCGGUGCCGAGUUCUGUACCGAGGAGGACCUGGGCAAGAUAUUUGGCCCAGCCAUUGCCCAAAUGUCCCCAGACAUGUCAACGUACCUCCAGGAGAAGCUGUUCCCUGGCAUGGAGGCGCUGUUCAAGCAGGUCGAGCCGCAUGCCGAACGGGACUGGUGGUAUGUCAGCAUGCUCGGUGUCGACCCCCCCAUGCAGGGCAAGAGCGUCGGAUCGGCCCUCCUGACCAUGCUGAGGAAGCGGGCCGAUGAGGCAGGCGGUAUGCCGGUGGGACUCAACACCCAGAGUGCCAAGAACAUCGGAUUCUACAACAAGAACGGGUUCCAAGUACGAGCAGACCUCCUGCAUACGCUUCCCAACGGUUCCACGUACCAUGACCACCUCCUAUCCAACCCUGGUGACACCUCUGCCAUUGCUGUAAAGUAG